AUGGCUGCCCAACCGAAGGUUAGUCGAACGGAGAAUGACAAUGCUGAGGCCGUGACAGAACUUGAUCAUGAAAUUCUCGAAAGCGUCGAUGCUGUGCAGGAGGCUAUUGACAGCCUAAACAAACAAGCCAGUGCCGAAAUUCUCAGGGUAGAACAGAAGUUCAAUGUCCUGCGGAAACCCCACUAUAAGCAGCGGGCCGAUCUCCUUGCGAAAAUUCCGAACUUCUGGCUGACAGUUUUCAUGAAUCACCUGCAGAUUCGCAAGUUGAUAACAGAGGAGGACGAAAAGGUUCUCACUCACCUAAAAGCUGUCGAAGUUCAGGAGUUUGAUGACAUAACGUCUGGCUACAAGAUUCACUUCCACUUCAAUAAGAAUGAUUACUUCAAGAACGAGGUUAUCACGAAGGAGUACCGCGUUGGAGAGAAGGGAGAACCAACUGCAACAUCAACGAAAAUAGAGUGGUUGCCCGACAUGGACUUGACAGAAAUGAAGGACAAUGGUCGCGAGGGGCAAAAACGACCAUUCCCACAACAAUCGAGCUUCUUCUGUUGGUUCUCUGAUGACUGGGAUGCUGUGGGUGACGUUAUUGGAGAAAGCAUUAAGGAUGAGCUCUGGCCGAACCCUCUCCAAUUCUACCUGAACCCCGAUCUUGACUCCGAUGACGUUGAAGACGAUAUUUUAGAUGAGGACGACGAGGACGAAGACGAAGAGGAUGAUGAAGAUGCCAACGAGCUGGGCUACGAGGAAGAUCGCGAAGACGCUCCUAAGUCGUCAUAA